CAACAGGACUGAAGAUGUCGCUCUUGGCUGUCGGAAAAUUAUCUCGGGCCACUCCACCCACAGAUGAAUGGGUGUUCAGUUUGCAUUUUUACAAAGGAAAUGUUAGAAUAUAGUGGCCAUAUUGAACUGUUAUCCCUUGCUGUAUGCGUUUUAUUACUUUGUGUUUUAAUGGUGUUUUUGAAACAUUCGUGUGCUUCAACAACGAUCAAAACGCAUUUUUAAUCAAGAUGAGAGACAAAGGAUUCCCAAGACUCGGCCUGAUUUUGUGCUUUGCUUUAUUUUUUGAAGCGCCGCAUGAGGUACGUGGGGAUCUGAGCUAUUCUAUUCCAGAAGAGAUGAAACGAGGAUCUGUUGUUGGAAAUGUAGCAAAGGAUCUGGGCGUUGAUCUGCGGACCUUAGCGUCUCGACAAGCCCGUGUUGACUUUGAAGGCACUCGGAAGCGCUACUGUGAUAUUGCAAUGAACAGCGGGGAUUUAAUUUUGUCGGAAAGGAUAGACAGAGAAAGCCUUUGCGGAAAAAAAUCUGCGUGUGUUCUAAAAGCAGGUCUGGUGUUGGAAAACCCGCUGGAGCUUCAUCGUUUAAGCCUUCAUAUACAAGAUGUGAACGACAAUUCGCCGCACUUUAACGAAAAAUUGAUCGAAAUGGAAAUAAGCGAAUCGGCAGAGAAAGGAUACAGUUUCUCUAUAGAGGAGGCCCAUGACGCUGAUAUAGGUUCAAAUGGAGUGCAAAGAUACAUACUUCAAGCGAAUGACAAUUUUAUUCUUGCUGCAGAUGGCAGCAAGGUUGAACUGACGCUGGAGAAUAAACUUGAUCGGGAGAAACAAAAAGAAAUCAAUUUACUUCUAACAGCUUUAGAUGGCGGAUCUCCUCAGAAAUCAGGUACUGUGGUCAUACAUGUAACAGUGCUGGAUGCUAAUGAUAACGCCCCAGUGUUUCCUCAGGCAGUUUAUAAGGCAACUGUGCCUGAAAACGCGCCCUUAAAAACAAUAGUGGUUUCUGUUAGCGCCACAGAUGCAGAUGAAGGAGUCAAUGGAGAUGUCACUUAUCAAUUUGGCCACAUGACUGAGGACGUGGCGAAUUUGUUUUCGAUUGAUUCCAGAACGGGAGAAAUAACAGUGAUGGGAACAAUUGACUAUGAAGAAAGACAUUCUUUUGAAAUAAGAGUUAAAGCUAAAGAUGGAUUAGGACUGAACUCACAUGCUGAAGUGUUAAUUGAUGUUAUCGACGUAAACGAUAAUGCGCCAGAAAUUUACCUGAAAUCCCUGUCCAACCCAAUACCUGAGAACGUGUCACCUGGUACAGAGAUGGGCAUCAUGAACGUUCAAGACAGAGACUCUGAUAAAAAUGGACAGGUCCGCUGCUCCAUCCAACAAAAGGUUCCUUUUAAGUUGGUGCCUUCCAUUGAAAACUAUUAUUCUCUGGUUACCACAGGACACCUGGACCGUGAACUAGUAUGUGAUUACAACAUUACAAUCACUGCCACUGAUGAGGGCUCUCCACCUCUGUCUUCCUCUAAAACUAUUCACUUAUCUGUAACUGACAUCAAUGACAACCCACCUGUGUUUGAGGAACAGUCCUACAGCGCAUAUGUGAGUGAAAAUAACAAACCAGGCUCCUCUUUAUGUACUGUUUCUGCUAGAGAUCCUGACUGGAGACAAAACGGUACAGUGGUUUAUUCUCUUUUACCUGGUGAGGUGAACGGUGCCUCGGUGUCCUCCUUUCUAUCUGUUAAUGGAGACACAGGAGUGAUCCACGCUGUGAGGUCAUUUGACUAUGAACAGUUCAGGAGUUUUAAAGUCCAAGUGAUGGCCAGAGACAAUGGUUCUCCUCCUCUCAGCAGCAAUGUGACUGUCAGUGUGUUUGUAUCUGAUGUGAAUGACAACUCUCCUCAGAUUUUGUACCCCGCCGCAGAAGGCAGCUCCUUCAUGACUGAGUUAGUCCCCAAAGCUGCACAUGGAGGAUCUCUGGUGUCCAAAGUGAUAGCAGUGGACGCAGACUCUGGACAGAAUGCCUGGCUUUCCUAUCAUAUAGUCAAAGCCACAGAUCCUGGACUUUUCAGUAUUGAUAUGCACAGUGGAGAGAUCAGGACACAGCGGGACAUUUCAGAAUCUGACAGCAUGAAGCAAAACCUGAUUGUUGCAGUGAAAGAUAAUGGACAGCCCUCUCUGUCUGCCACCUGUUCCAUGUAUUUACUUAUUUCUGAUAAUUUGGCUGAGGUGCCAGAACUGAAAGACAUUUCUUAUGAUGAGAACAACUCUAAAUUGACUUCUUAUCUGAUCAUCGCUCUGGUUUCUGUGUCCACCUUCUUUCUGACCUUCAUCAUCAUCAUCCUUGGUGUGAGGUUUUGUCGCAGAAGAAAGCCCAGACUGUUGUUUGAUGGAGCUGUAGCCAUUCCCGGAGCUUAUCUUCCCCCAAAUUACGCAGAUGUGGAUGGCACAGGAACUUUACACAGCACCUACAAUUAUGAUGCCUACCUGACAACAGGAUCUAGAACCAGUGACUUUAAGUUUGUAUCAUCUUACAAUGACAACACGCUGCCUGCUGACCAGACUCUGAGGAAAAGUCCGACAAAGUUUAUUGAUCCGUUUGAAGGCCUGGAGACACCUGAAGAGGUAGGGAACUAA